AUGACUGAGCUUCAUCAUGGUUCCAAUGUUCAAGGCCUUCAAACUGUUGCCACCUUUGAUCCACUUAAGGGUGAAUUUAUUAUAGACACACCUAAUGAUGGGGCCAUUAAAUGGUGGAUUGGUAAUGCUGCUGUCCAUGGUAAAUUUGCAACAGUUUUUGCAAGAUUGUUGCUACCAUCUCAUGAUUCAAAAGGUGUUUCCGACAUGGGUGUUCAUGCUUUCAUUGUUCCAAUAAGGGAUCUAAAGACAUACAAAACUCUACCAGGAGUAGAAAUACAUGACUGUGGUCACAAAAUUGGGUUGAAUGGAGCAGACAUCAGCAAGGUUGUUGUUAAGGAGCUGACUAGUUGGGUGAUUUACUCUGAUGAGGAGCAGAAGUUCAACAAAGACAUAACUGUUCGUCUUAUACAGAGUGAACUACUGAGCUUUGCAGAAUAUAACAAUCAUAUGGCGGAACUUAUUAAUGCUGAAAGAAAUAAGUCUACAACUGUGUUUUCGAUUUCUCUUAUACAAACAUUGCUGAAGAUUGAUUCAAAAGCUCUAUUGGAGCUGCAAGAUCUUGUGGAUGCAUUGGGAAAGCUUGCUGCAAGACCUGGUUCUCACGAGUCAUUGAAACAACUAGUUGAGAUAGCCAAGAAUACUUCUGCUAAUGUUAUGGCUUCGUCUGGCCCUGCUGGAUUCCAUGAACAGGUCUCCAAGCGGUGGAGGCUAUGCUAUCCUGUUGUUACAUAUUUGCCCAAGUCAAAAGCAGAUAAGAAGGAGAGUUUGUUAGGAAACACUAAAGAUUCUAUAGAUGAAUCAGAUGUGGCCAAGGUAGUGGAAGAAGAUAUGGCUGAUUUUAAAGAGGAUGUCCAAGUUGAAUGGGUUUCAUAUUGGAAGCUAAAGUUUACAACAUAA